AUGUCACUGUGUUUCUGCAGAUUAUCAGAUUGUGGUGUAAGAGAGGGAGGUUAUGUUGCUCUGGCUAAAGCUCUGAGAUCAAACCCAUCAUCAGAGCUGAUGGAGCUGGAUCUCAGAGGGAACGAUCCUGGAGAUUCUGGAGUAAAACCACUUUAUGAGUUACUAGAUCAUCCAGAAUCUAAACUGAAGACACUGAGGUUGUUGGGUGCUGCUGCAGAAGAAGCUUUCACUGAUCUGAAGAAGGUUGUGAGUAUAAACCUGUUAGUAGAGAGAGAGCUGGAUCUGAGUCAGAAGAUACAUGGAGAUUCAGGAGUGAAGAAGCUCUCAGAGCUACUGAAGGAUCCACACUGCAGACCCACCACACUCAGAUUAUCAGAUUGUGGUGUAAGAGAGGAAGGUUAUGCUGCUCUGGCUGAAGCUCUGAGAUCAAACCCAUCAUCAGAGCUGAUGGAGCUGGAUCUCAGAGGGAACCAUCCUGGAGAUUCAGGAGUAAAACCACUUGAUGAUUUAUUACAGAAUAAAAAAUCUAAACUGAACACACUGAGGUUGUUGGGAGCUGCUGCAGAAGAAGCUUUCACUGAUCUGAAAAAGGUUGUGAGUAUAAACCUGUUAGUAGAGAGAGAGCUGGAUCUGAGUCAGAAGAUAGAUGGAGAUUCAGGAGUGAAGAAGCUCUCAGAGCUACUGAAGGAUCCACACUGCAGACCCACCACACUCAGACUCAGUCAGUGUAAUCUGACAGAUGAAGGAUGUUCAGCUCUGUUCCAAGUUCUAUCAUCAGAUUCCUCCACUGUGAGAGAACUCGACCUGAGUAACAAUCAGAUUCAGGAUUCAGGAGUCAGACUCCUUUCUGAUCUACUCAACAAUCCAAAUUGUAAACUACACACUGUGGGACUCAGUCAGUGUAAUCUGACAGAUGAAGGAUGUUCAGCUCUGUUCCAAGUUCUAUCAUCAGAUUCCUCCACUGUGAGAGAACUCGACCUGAGUAACAAUCACAUUCAGGAUUCAGGAGUCAGACUCAUUUCUGAUCUACUCAACAAUCCAAACUGUAAACUACACACUGUGGGGUGA